AUGGGAUUGGAUAAAGGGAAGAAGCAGAAAUUGGGAGAAGUGAAGGAAGAAAACAAUGGGACAGAGCAUAUUGAUAGAGAGCUCGUUAGCACCAUUGAAAAGCUCCAAGAAAUACAAGAUGAGCUUGAAAAGAUCAAUGAAGAAGCAAGUGAAAAGGUUUUGGAAGUGGAACAAAAGUACAAUGAGAUACGGAAGCCCGUCUAUGAUAAGAGAUGUGAUGUCAUAAAAUCCAUUCCUGACUUCUGGUUGACUGCAUUUUUGAGUCAUCCUGCCUUUAGUGAACUUUUGACCGAGGAAGACCAAAAGAUUUUCAAGUAUUUAAGUUCCCUGGAAGUGGAAGACUCCAAAGAUGUGAAAUCUGGUUACACUAUUACAUUUAACUUCAAUCCAAAUCCAUAUUUUGAAGACACAAAGCUAACAAAAACUUUUAACUUUCUCGAAGAAGGAACAACAAAAAUCACCGCCACAUCAAUAAAAUGGAAAGCGGAAAUGGGCAUUUCUAAUACUGUUACUGAAGAGAAGAAAGGGAACAAGCGAUCUCAUAAUGAGGAAAGCUUUUUUACCUGGUUUAGUGAUGACCAACAAAAAGAUGAUGUGGAUGAGAUUCAUGACGAGAUUGCUGAAUUAAUCAAGGAUGAUAUCUGGCCAAAUCCUCUUACAUACUUUUUUGAUGAGGCAGACGAAGAGGAUUCCGAGGAUGAUGGUGGUGAGGAAAAGAGCAGUGAUGGCUCUGAAGAUGAUGAUGACAACCAAGAUGAUGAGGAUAAUGAUGGCGACGAGGAUGACAAUUGA